AUGCCAUCGCAGACCGCAGCCACCCACCCCAGCCGGACAACGCCACGCUUCACCCUCGUCCUCCUCUGGAUCCUCGCUUCCGCCUACACCUACGGCUUCGGCAUCUCGGAACUCAACCCACUCCAACCCAUCCUCACCUGCCAGCUGAACCACACUUCGAGCCAAGCCACACUGCCAUCCCUCGCCCAUCCUCCUUCCGGCUGCAUCCCGCUCACCGAAUCCCAAUUCGGCCUCAUCACCAGCCUAUUCACCCUCGGCGGCCUCGCUUCGUCCCUUUCCAUCUCUGCCAUCGCAAACAGCCGCGGCUGGGGGCGCCGCACCUCCAUCACCCUCUCGGCCUUCUUUGGUCUCGUCGGCAGCAUCGUCCUCACCUCAGCCCGCUCCGUCGCCCCGCUAGCCAUCGGUCGCCUCUUCCAGGGCCUCGGAUCGGGCAUCGGCGUCGUCGUCGUCCCAAUCUACAUCAACGAGAUCUCGCCCGCUUCCCUCCAAGGCUCCAACGGCGUCCUCAACCAGCUCUCAAUCGUCGUCGGCAUCUUUACCGCACAGGCACUCGGCGCCUCCCCACUCGGCAGCGAUGGCAACACGUGGCGCUGGAUCCCAGCCACAUCGGCCCUUAUCUCGGCCACCCAGCUCCUCGCCGGGUUCGUCGUCGCCGUCGAGAGUCCAGGCUGGCUCCAGGGCGAGGGUCGCAAGAGCGGAUCAGACCAACAGGCCGACGAGGUCAGGAGGCUCCUCUGGUCCGCAAAGGAGCUCGAUGCUCACCGCGAGGACACCGGCAGGCGCACCGCGCCGUCUGGUGCCGAGGCAGAGGCCGAUGCUGAUGCCGACGUCGACGAAAGGCAGGGCCUCUUGGCCGACGGGUCAGGCUCGGGACAGCACAGCGCACACAGUAGCGUCAGUCUCAGGGAGAUCUUCACCGACCCAGCCAUCCGGCCCGGUACGCUCAUGGUCGUCUUUACGCAGCUCGCGCAGCAGCUCAGCGGAGUAAACGCCGUUCUCUACUACAGCACCGGCAUCCUGUCGACGAUCCUGCCGUCGCUCGCCGGCUCCAUCGGCAUCCUGAUCACCGUCAUCAACAUGCUCAUGACGUUCCCGCCCAUCCUCCUCAUUUCCGAGGACCGCCUGGGCAGGCGCAACCUCAUGGUCCUCUCGGCGGCCGUCAUGAGCGUCUCGUCGCUCUUGCUCGGCGUGGCCAUCGUCUACGACAUUGCCAUCCUCAGCGCGGUCUGCAUCGUCGUCAUGGUGGCCGGCUUCUCGGUCGGCCUCGGUCCCAUCCCCUUCGUCAUCCUGCCCGAACUGGUGCCGAGUCGCGCCGUAUCGACAACGACAAGUCUGGGCCUGAGCCUCAACUGGUCCGGCAACUUUCUCAUCGGCGCCGCCUUUCUCCCGCUCAAAAACUUCCUCGCCGGCUUCGACCACAGGCAUACGGGCGGCGCCGUCUUCUGGCUCUUCACCCUCUCCAACGCCGUCACUGCCCUCGUCGUCGCUAGAUUCUACCGGUACGCGCCGCCCCAGUCGUCGCAGCGGUAG